AUGGUCGUAAAACGUGCUGCGGACAGUGCGGACUCGCCGAUACUGGAGGAGGCCGGUGAGAGUGGCUCCGAACAGAAGCCAAAACCGCUUGUCAAAUAUGGCGAACUUGUUAUACUUGGGUACAACGGGUACUUACCAGCGGGCGAGCGUGGUCGUCGCCGGAGCAAAUUUGUCCUGUACCGGCGACCGAACGCGAAUGGAGUGCGACGCUCUAAGCAUUACGUGGUGAAGACACCGCACAGCAGCAAGGCGAUCCUCGACGCAAGCCAGCACUCCAUCUCGUACACGCUCAGCCGCAGCCAAGCGGUCAUCGUCGAGUACACAGAGGAUCCUGACACGGAUAUGUUUCAGAUUGGUAGAUCGUCGGAGUCUCCGAUCGACUUUGUAGUGAUGGACACGGUGGCCGGCGACAAGAGCGGCGACACGAAGGUGCUUCAGAGCACGAUAUCGCGGUUCGCGUGCCGCAUAAUCGCGGACCGCAACGACGUCAACAAUUGCCGCAUCUAUGCAGCAGGCUUCGACUCCUCGAGGAACAUAUUUCUCGGCGAAAAAGCGACAAAAUGGACGGAGAAUCACGAAAUUGACGGACUGACGACAAACGGCGUAUUGAUAAUGCAUCCACGCGGUGACUUCUGCGGCGGCAACGCCACCUGUGGCCCGUGGCGCGAAACCUCAGUUGGCGGUGCGGUCUUCUCUCUUAGGGAGAGUCGGUCAGCUCAACAGAAGGGUGUGCCAUGCCAGGCUGAAACAAAUGUGCUGAGAGAUGGAACUAUGAUCGACUUGUGUGGAGCAACUUUGCUAUGGAGGAGCGCCGAAGGACUUAAAAAUUCUCCCACGAAGCGCACGCUAGAGGCGCUGGUGGACGAGUUGAACGCGGGGCGGCCGCAGUGCCCGGUGGGGCUCAACACGCUCGUCAUUCCCCGCAAGCUGUCCGCCGCGCACCAGGACCUCAACCAGCCCUACGUCUACCUCAACUGCGGACACGUGCAAGGCGAGCACUCGUGGGGCGCGGAGGGCAGCGAGGCGGGUGUGCGGCGCUGCCCCAUGUGCCUGACGGCGGGCGCCGUGGUGCGCGUGUGCAUGGGCAUCGAGCCCGCCUUCUACGUGGACGCGGGCCCGCCUACCUACGCCUUCAACCCUUGCGGACACAUGGCCUCCGAGCGCACCGUCAAAUAUUGGGCGAGUGUGGACAUCCCGCACGGCACCAACGGGUUCCACGCGAUCUGUCCGUUCUGCGCCGCGCCGCUGCAGGGCACCCCCGGGUACGUCCGCCUCAUCUUCCAGGAUAACCUCGACUGA